AUGGGGGAAGAAGAUACAAAAGUCGCUGUUGAGCCAACAGCAAAUGGGACUAGUUCUCUUCAAAAGCCAUCAGAUGCAAUCAGUGGAAAAGAAGCGCUGAAGAAUAUUGCUAGUGGAAAGGAAUGUAAGAAAGAUGAGGAUACUGAGAAAAUGGAGAUAGAUGAUGAGAUCAAGCAGCAGGAAGAGAAAAAGGAGACGGAAGAUAAAGAGGUUACAGAGAAGGAAAAGGAGGUUGAGACAGAGAAAACAGAGGUGAAAGAUGUCAGCGAAGACAAGGAGGAAGCAGAGGCUGCUAAAGUGGACGAAGACAAGGAACAACCAGAAGCUGAUAAAAUGGAUGAAGACACAGAUGGCAAGAAUUUGAAAGCUGAUGAUGGUGUUUCUGGAGGUGCCACAGAGGAAGAUACUGUGAUGAAGGAAUCUGUGGUGAACAAGUCAGCUACUACGGAAGGAGACCAAGAGAAAACUGAGAAUCUAGAAGAAAGGAACAAGGAAGACAUCAAAGAGGAUGAGAAGUUGCUCGAUGGAGACGAGGGGGACAAUGUCCAUGCGGAUGAAAACAACAAAGAAGAGGCACCAAAGGAAAAUAAUGAGGGCAAACUGGCUGAAGAUGGGAAAGCGGAGGAAACAAGCAAAGAAGAAGAAAUGAAGGAAGCAAACAGAGAAGAGGAAGUGGAGGCAGAGGCUGAGGUCGAUGAGCCAAAAGUGGAAGACGAAAAAGCAGAGAGUAAGGACGAGAAUGAAGAUGAAGAUAAAGAGGAAGAAACAAAAGAAGAGAAGGAAGAUGAAAAAGAAGAACGCAUGGAUGAUAAGGAAGAUGAAAAAGAAGAGAGCGAUGAUGAUAAGAAGGAUGAAGAUGAAGAUACCAAGAAGUCUAGCAAGCGAGGGAAAGGGAAGACUGAGAAGGCUCGUGGGAAGACAAAGAGUGAGCAAGAAAAGAAGGAUACUGAACCUAAGACUCCUUACUCUGAUCGCCCUGUCCGUGAGCGAAAAUCUGUUGAAAGGCUUGUCGCGGUGGUUGAUAAAGAUUCUUCAAAGGAAUUCAGUGUUCAAAAGGGAAAAGGAACAGCUCUCAAAGAUAUCCCCAGUGUUGUUAGCAAGUUACAAAAGACGAAGUCUGAAGAAGUUCUUAAGGCGCUACACACAAUUCUAUUUGGUGGGAAAAGAGUGAAAUUUGCUCAGAUCAGGACAAACAUAUUGCGGUUUUCUGGUUACAACUGGCAGAAAGAUGAGGACAAGGAAAAAGAUAAAGUAAACGAAAGGAUUGACAAAUGCGUCAGAGACAGGUUGCUGGAAAUUUGCGAUAUCUUUGACUUAUCAGUUUCCAAGUCUACAAAAAAGAAGGAAGAGAUUGUUGCAAAGCUGUUUGAGUUUUUGGAAAAACCUUAUGCGAUAACUGAUAUUUCAGUUGAUGAGAAAGAGAAGGGAGCAAAGCGCAAACGAACUCCUAAAAAGAGUUCACCUGCAGCUGGAAGUUCAUCUUCGAAACGAUCAGCAAAGAGCCAAAAAAAGACCGAGGAAGCAACAAGGACUGACAAAAAGAGUUUACCUCAUUCUGAUGAUGAGUCUGAAGAAGAGAAAGAGCAGGAGGCAGAGGAGGAAGAAGAAAAAAGUGAAGAGGAGGAGGAGAAUGAAAAUGGGAUUCCUUAUAAAUCUGAGGACGAGGCGCCUCAGCCUUCUGAAAGUGAGGAGAAAGAUGAAUCUGAGGAGGAGUCAGAGGAAGUAAUUAAAAAGAAGAAACGUGGUUCUAGGACAGCAUCUGGAAAGAAAGAAGCAGCAGGGAAAUCCGGAAGCAAGAAAGCUGUAGUCUCUACAAAACCCAGUCCACCAAAGAAAGCUACUCAAAAGCGCUCAGCAGGAAAACGAAAGAAGAGUGAUGAUGACAGUGAUACAAGUCCAAAGGCAUCCUCUAAGAGGAAGAAGACUGAAAAACCGGCCAAGGAGCAGUCCUUGGUUCCCUCAAAAUCUGCAUCAAAAGAGAAACCAGGGAAAAGAGGUGGAAAAGAGAAAAAGAAAACCAAGGAGCCAAGUGAUGAAGAGUUGAAAAAUGCAGUUCUUGAUAUCUUGAAAGUAGUGGACUUCAACACGGCCACUUUCUCCGACAUCCUGAAGCGACUAGAUGAUGAGUUCACAGCCGAUCUCACCUCAAAGAGAGCAUCUAUAAAGCUGAUGAUCCAAGAUGAGCUCACUAAGUUAGCGGAAGAAGCCGAUGAUGAGGAUGGAGAGGAGGAGGAUGAGAACGAGGAAGAAGAAGAGAAAGAGAAAGCUGGGGGAUCUGGUGGUGGAGUGGAGGUUAAAGCCUGA